AUGCCGUUUCUGGCAGUUGUUAGAAGAUAUGUUUACAUAUUGACGAAAUGUCCAAAUGUCACGAAAAGCAUACAUCACAAAGUUAUUGAACUCAUGCGUGAUGGAAGAACAGGUGCUGCAUUCAAAGAAAACGCACUAUCUCUAAAUUUGCCACGGGAAAGUGCCCUUAAAAUGGUACUGGUUAGUUAUUUCUUGCUUGUUCUAAUUUUCUUGGCGUUGUGUUUACACCUUUUAGCACUAUUUUCCUUGUGUAAACACAAAAAACAAAAUAAAAAUCAGAAAGUAUUACUGAUAAACUUGAGUGUAACAGAAAUUCUUCUUUUGAUGUUUGGAAUUUAUAAUGAAAUAGUAUAUAUGCACCCAUAUGUUAGUAGAUGGAAGUUAUGGCAUCAAAUAUUCACUUACCUACACUCAGCAGGAAAUCUUGCGUUGCUUUUUGCUAUGUUUUUAAUCAUAACAGAUCGUUUUCUUUGCAUUUCUUUGCACAUAAAAUAUGGUUAUAUUGUCACAAAACAACGCUUGGUGAAAUUUACAAUUGCAGCUUGGAUUAUAAGUGGACUUACAGCAUUUCUAGUAAUUAUUGUUGAAGAUAUUGACUUACAUCAAUAUUCCUACGCUGUGACAAUUACAAAUGGAGUUUAUGUUUUGAUAGCUGUGGUGGUCUAUUCGAUCAUUGGUUUGCAUUUAAAGCGAAGAAGAAGAAAUUUUCAACAAAAUGUAAGAAAUGGAGAGUCAAUAACAAACGCUAAACAAUUUAUCGUACCGUUUUUACUUGUUUUUACUUUCAUCAUAUUUUCGUCCAUCCCGAAAUGCAUCACUACAUGGUGCGUAUUGAAAUGUAACAAAGACAACAUAGAUACCGAAUUUAUCUUUAAAAUCAGAGGUACUUUAUUGAUUUGCGGUUUUAUUAUUGAUCCAUUAAUUUACGUAUUUCUUAACAAACCAUUGAGGGAUGUGGCACUCAACUAUCUGUGUUGUAAACGAUUCCAUUCAACUACAUCAGAUAAUUUAACUGCGUUACGAAACAUCGCCGUUGUUAAUGGCAAUAUCGAAAAAGUCUCGGAUUGA